AUGUUUACAAAAUUAGCCAAUGUUAUCACCAAGGCCGAUUUGUUGGCUAAACUAGUUCGCCUUAGGCUUCGUCAGCCCAUUCUGCCUUAUAUAACCCCGGAAGAUGCUUUAAAAUGCAAACUUACAGACAAUGAAAAUUUAGUUAACAAGGCGAAGGACAAACAACCACAUCUGGAGUUAGCAGCUAUUACACCUGCUGUUGCAGCAUUGGUAAACGUCGCAGAAAUAUUAAAAACCGGCCAGGCGUUAUCAAAUCAGCAAUCUCUGACCAAAGUAGUAAAUAAUAAAACCGCCAAAACACAUGGGGGCGACGCUAAUAAGAAUAUAUUAUACAACAUGAAGGAAAAAGAAUGGAACAUACUAAAGCCUGGAGACGAAGCAAGGACCAGACAUCUAAAGUGGAGAUGA